UGUCGGGAAAUAAACAAAAGUGUCGGGAUGAGACGCCAAUUUCACUCAGUUCCAGGAAGAAAACAAUUUGGAAUGUUAUUUAUUUAAUUUUGACGAUUUACUGUGGGCCCAUAGGCCCUCAAAAGUGCUAGCCAAAAGGCCCCACGUGUGCUAACAAAACAAUCUCCAGAAUGAGCAACAAAACGACGAGUGGAGGGGAGAUGGAUCCAGUUCAGGAAGAGUUUGCUGGACGAGUGAGGGAAGUUGGAAACCAUGCAAUCUGGAGUUUAUCCAGCUGCAAACCAGGUUUUGGAGUAGAUCAACUUCGUGACAACAUAACAGAGACGUAUUGGCAAUCAGAUGGUCAACUUCCGCAUCUUGUGAAUAUCCAGUUCAGAAAGAAAACGACUAUCAGAGAUAUUUGUAUUUAUACAGAUUAUAAACACGAUGAGAGCUACACGCCGAGCAGAAUUAGUAUACGCGCUGGGACGAAUUUCAAUGAUCUCCAGGAGGUGGAAGUGAUGGACCUGAACGAACCCAGUGGGUGGGUAGUGAUACCCAUAAAAGAUCUGAACGACAGACCCAUCAGAACAUUCAUGAUCCAGAUAGCUGUGAUAAGUAAUCACCAAAACGGCAGAGACACCCAUAUGAGGCAGAUCAAAGUCCACAGCCCAGCCCAGGACAUCCUCGGACCCCCAGCCCCUCACCUCCCAGGACAAUUCCUCACCAAUGAAUUUCAACGCUACGCCACUAUCAGAUAAAAAUAAUUUUUAGUAUUUACUCAAUAAAUGCUAUUCCAUCUUCAG